AUGGACAAAGACCAAGGAUUCUGUUUCCUUCUCACUUUCGCGGCCGCGGUUCAUCUGCUCAACGACGACGGAUGGACGGGAAAGAGGAAGGAUGGAGGCGGCUGCGCGAGGCGACGUGAUGAGGACGGGAUCUGGGCAGCGGCGAGGAAGGGAUCUGGAUGGGUGCGACGCUACGAGGAAGGAUCUGCAUGGCGGCGAGGAACGGAGGAAGGCGGCGGCAGUGAGGUGACAAGGAAGGGAGCUGGGCGACGGCCAUGA